GCGUAAUCAAUUGAGCGGAAAAGCAUUCAAAUCAUUAAUCAUGUCUGCCAAGAGAUCUAAUUCUACCAUUACUCCAGUAAGAACUAGCCAAGCCCCACCACCAGCUGCUUCUUAUUCCCAAGCUAUCAAGGUAAAUGGUUUCAUCUAUGUUUCUGGUCAAAUUCCAUACACUCCAGACAAUAAGCCAUUGCCAGAAGGUGCCACCCUUGCCGAACAAGCUGAACAAGUUAUCCAAAAUGUUUCCAACAUCUUGGAAGCCUCCAACUCUUCUUUAAACCACAUUGUUAAGGCUAACAUUUUCUUAACUGAUAUGCAAGCUCAAUUUGGUGAAUUCAACCAGGUCUACGCCAAGUACUUUAGUGAACACAAGCCAGCCAGAUCUUGUGUUGCUGUGAAAGAAUUACCAUUGGGCGUUCCUUUAGAAAUGGAAGUUGUCGCUGUUGAAAGAGACGAUACCAAGUUGUAAGAGAGUCACAACAAACCAUGAUAUAGUUGAAGUACUCUUAUAUAACUAUAAAUUUCGUUCCAAUACAGGUUAUAUAGACAUAUUAAAGAACAAUUAGUGAAAUACCAAUAUAGCAUGUACAUGUAGUAUUAACUAGUGUGAAUUUCAUAAUGCAUCAAUUUAC